ACAGAGAUAUUAGUACAAAACUCAAAAGGAACAGAGAGCCACAAGUUAUGAUUAAUACAAGCAAGAAAUAAGGUACAAGAUUCUAUAUGCCACAUGGCAAUCCAUUAACCAAUUGGAUAUCAAACUUAUCUAUCCUUUAAGAUAAGCCCAGAUCCUUUUCCUUUCAAUAAACACUUCUUCCAACCAUCAAAUUAUAACCAAUUUCUCUCCAAACAUUACACAUUGCAUUGCAUUCAUACCAAACAAUAUGGCUUCUGUGUGUGCUUCUUCUGCCACAACAGCUAUUUGUGCUUCUUCUGCCAGUUCACAGAAGAAAGGAAAUGUGUUGGGGGCAGGAAGAGCAUCAUUCCUAGGAGGAAAAAAGUUAAGAGACACAAAAUACAGGGCCCCAGUUACUUCAAAAUCAUUAUCUGUCUCAGCAGCAGCAGCUGAGCCUGACAGACCUAUUUGGUUCCCUGGCAGCACUCCUCCUCCAUGGCUUGAUGGAAGCCUUCCUGGAGACUUUGGAUUUGAUCCUCUUGGAUUUGGUUCUGACCCAGAGACAUUAAAAUGGAUGGUACAAUCAGAAUUAGUCCACUGUAGGUGGGCAAUGUUGGGAGCUGCAGGUAUUUUCAUCCCAGAAUUUCUAACCAAAAUUGGAAUCCUAAACACCCCAUCUUGGUACACUGCUGGAGAGCUUGAGUACUUCACUGACACUACCACCCUAUUUGUCAUUGAAAUGAUUUUGAUUGGUUGGGCUGAGGGCCGAAGAUGGGCUGAUAUCAUCAAGCCCGGUUGUGUAAAUACCGACCCAAUCUUCCCCAAUAACAAGCUCACCGGAACUGAUGUGGGUUACCCUGGUGGGCUCUGGUUUGACCCGUUGGGCUGGGGUUCGGGCUCACCCGAAAAGGUUAAGGAGUUAAGGACUAAGGAGAUCAAGAAUGGAAGGUUGGCUAUGUUGGCUGUUUUUGGUGCUUGGUUCCAACACAUUUACACUGGAACUGGCCCUAUUGAUAACCUCUUUGCCCACCUUGCUGAUCCUGGCCAUGCCACAAUUUUUUCUGCAUUUACUCCCAAGUGAUGUGAGCAAGGGUGAAAGAUAUAGGUGGUGGUUGUUCUAGUUCUAGGUGGAACAUGAAGCUUAAUUACAUACAUUAUCUUUGUGGGAAUGUACAACCAAUUUGCUGAUGAUCUUGAUUGAGUUUUUAGUUGUUGCACCUACAUAUUGUUGGAGCUUUGUACAAAUACCUCUUGAAUCUAGUACAUAAUUAUGAAUUAUAUCAUCUAAUCUUAGAUUUAA